AUGUUACCCUCUCAUUCAGAGCCUUCAGCACCUCCGGGAACAGAGAUCAAUGACCUCGCACUGAGCAUCACACGAUGGUGUGCAGGGAGCCUCGCGAACGCCACGCUCCAGAUCGGCUUGUCGUGUUUUCUACAUGGAACCCUCACUUCGAUGGUCAUGGUCGCAACGUUUCUCCUCCUGCGCAAGGGCUUACAAAACAUAUCUGUGCAAAUUUUAUUCCCGAGCACCCUGCUCUUGUACAUGUCCACGACCUUAUACAUGGUAGCCGAGAUCUGCGGCUUGGUCGCAUUCGAGGCAGCCCUCCAUAAACAAUCUUGGAUGUUCACUUCAGCAGUUGGCGUGAAUGUCAUCCUAGGGGACGGAAUCGUCUGGUGGCGAGCAUGCGUUCUCUGGAAUCAUCGGAUCGUCUACUAUCUUGGACCUAUCCUGCUCCUAGCUAUGCUUGCGUUUGGCUUGCUUGCAAUCCACUUCACACCACAUCGACAACUCAGCAACCCGGUGUUCCUCCUGAGGGGGAACCGGAUGGGCGACGUGGCUGUGAUGCUUUCGCUCACCACAAACGUGAUCGCGACGUCGCUCAUCGCAAUCAAAGCAUUCACAGACGGCUAUUACAGGAACACCUCGGUGAGGGUUACCCCAGUCGGACGCGUGUCUGGCGAGCUCUGGCGCUGCUCGUUGAGUCCGGUAUGAUCUACUGCGCGCUACUGUUGGCGGCUGUCAUCGACCAGAUAGAUCAGCCAACCGGGCCAGCAGGCCCUACAGAGCCUGAUAGCUUAUUCCAGAACAUCAUUACCUUUUUUACGUACGGCUGUUUCGUACAUAUCGUGGCUAUCUACCCCGUCCUCAUCAUCGUUUUAGUGGCAAUGCAACGAUCGCCAAUCGACGCAGGAAUCACUCAGUAUCUGCACCUUGCCGCAGACCCGUCUGGGACUGAACGUAAUGGCGAGAGGACAAGCACCCUCGUGUUUGGACCUGCUGAACCUGGGCUAUCUACAUUCCACAAUUCAAUGCCUGACACCAUCAUAGAGCUUCAAGCAAGAUCCAAACCCCAGAGCGAUGGACAGAUUGAAGAAUGUGCUACAUUCGAUAUGGGUUGGGAUCAGGGGGCAGCAGCAUGAGACAUCGUCUGAGCAGUGUAGUGAGGUUUGGCGGCUCUGACUCAUCGCAUCACAGUCUUCACGAUAGAUCAUCAUUAGCAUAUAUAACAUCGUACAAAG